AUGUCAUUGGAGAGAGAGGAACCCAGUCAUUUUGGUGCUGGUCCAGCGCAGUUGCCCACAUGUGUGCUGCAACAGGCUGCGAAGGACCUGGUGAAUUACAAGAACCUUGGUUUGGGGAUCGGGGAGAUUUCGCACCGGUCGAAGGACGCGACGCAGGUGAUUGAGGAUGGGAAGAGGCACCUCCGCGAAUUAAUGGACAUCCCAGACACACAUGAGGUGUUCUUCAUGCAAGGUGGGGGGACCACAGGGUUCUCGUCUUUGGGGACGAACCUGCUGAGAGGGUACGUUGGGAAGACGGGCCGUGUUGGGACCUGUGGGUACCUUGUCACUGGUUCAUGGUCUGAGAAGGCGUUUGAGGAGGCGCAGAGGUUGCGGUUGCCCGCUGAAGUUGUGUUCGACUCUAGAGAAUUCGACACGGAGAAGAAGUUCGGGUCCAUCCCUGAGGAGUCCCAAUGGAGUGCUCGUGUUCAGGGGAAGAAGUACGCUUACGUGUACCUGUGUGAGAACGAGACUGUGCACGGUGUCGAGUGGCCACAGUUACCUCGGUGUCUCGUGGAGGACGACGACGUCGAACUAGUCGCUGACCUCUCAAGUGAUAUUCUUUCCCGUGAGAUUGACGUCUCUCAGUACGGUGUGAUCAUGGCCGGUGCACAGAAAAACAUUGGUCUUGCCGGGUUGACCGUUUACAUUAUCAAGAAGAGCAUUUUGAAGAACAUUGCCGCUGCUGACGAGGAGAUAUUGAACGAGUUGGGGAUCCCCGUGACGCCGAUCGCGUUCGACUACCCUACAGUGGUCAAGAACAACAGUGCCUACAACACGAUCCCCAUUUUCACGUUGCACGUCAUGGACCUCGUGUUCCAACACCUGUUGAAGAAAGGUGGUUUACCGCAACAGACGAUCGAGAACAAGCAGAAGGCGAAACUGUUGUACGAAGCAUUGGACGCGUACCCUGAAUUCUACAGACUGCCCGUGGCUAAAAAUUGCCGUUCGAGCAUGAACGUCGUGUUCACACUAGUGGACAGUUCUCUCGACGACCAAUUCCUCAAGGAUGCCGCGGCGCAGAGACUGACCGGUUUGAAGGGCCACCGUUCCGUCGGUGGGUUCCGUGCAUCCCUGUACAACGCACUGACCGUGGCCACUGUCGAGAGACUCGUCCAGUUCGUCAAGGCGUUUGCCGAGGAGCAUAAAUAA